AUGGCCGAGCGCUUCCCAGGCGACGGCGCGGCGGCGAACGGCUUCGGCCGCCGCCACCUUCACGAGGACGAAGCUCGGCUCCUCUUCGAGGCCAAGUACCCGGUCCCGCUGGACAUGCGGAUGCCCGAGGCAUGGAGAAUCAGCGCCGGCGGGGUCCCGGUGCCACCACCGCCCACCGGGGCGGCGUGGCAUGCGGAGAUCGCGCGUAUCCGCGCCUCCCUGCCACAGGCGGCGAGGGAAGGUCCACGGCUCAACUCCGAAGGGCGGCGCCGAUGGUGGGGCGUGCCCGGCCGCACGCUGGAGGCCGUCCUCGAGUACAUCGAGGGCGGCAACACGCCGAGGCUGGAGUACCCCGCUCCCCCAUCCUUCUCUCGCCGACGUGGGAGCUCGUGGACGCCGAGGCGCAUGGACCCCGGGGCGUCCUCCUCCUCGUCCGGCCGCUCGUCUGGCUCUCCCUGCCUCCGCCCCGUCAAGCCGGAGCCCCAGGACACGCCUGUCAGCCGGCGCACCCGCAGCUCCGGCGUCCACAUCGGCGACUCCACCCCCGCCUCUGGCCGCCUCGUCCUCGUCAGGCCCAAGCCGGAGCCCGGCCUCCCCGCGGAGUACGAGGAGAUAGCCCGGUGCGGCUUCUCCGACGAGGACGCCCUACAGUGGGCGCGGGACGAUUACCUCCGCGAUGAGAUGGUCCGGCAGCGCCGGGCCCUGGAGGAGAUAGCCGCCCGCAGACGUGGGCGCGAGGACGAGCACGGCGUCGUGAUCCUCGACAGCGACGACGACGAGGACGCCCCCGGACCGUCCAACCCGCCGCGCCAACCGGGGGAGGCUCCGGAAGCGGAGUGGUGGAGUGGCGGGUCUCCGAACAGGGCCUUAGUCUUCGUCUUGCUUUCGUCGGUGCCAUUGGUGCCUGUGACGGCAAAGGAGGAGCACGGGGGAGGCUGCUCAGCUAAGAAGAGGUGCGGCAAUCUCACAGUCUCCGAUCCAUUCUGGCUCGCUGACAUAGAGGCGGGAAGAUCUUGUGGUCCCUUGGAUUUUAUGGUGAGUUGCAAUAGAAGUAUACCACUUCUUCGGAGCUCCGGACCCAUUGGGUUUGCAAUCAUGAACAUUUCUUAUGAAGGCCGCAAUUUGCGCGUCGUUGAUCUACACAAAGAGGAAGCCUUUAGCAUCCCCAAAGUCUGCCAUUUCCCAAGACGGAACACCUCCAGCAAAUUGGCACUCUCGUUUAAGAUCAACCCGGCCAACCUGAAUCUCAUCUUCUACAACUGUACCAAGACGGCGGCACAUCCGCGGGGCAAGGCGCUGGUGGAGAUGAGAUGCGUGGACAUGACCAACGCGUAUGUUCGCACGGGAGUGCCUUAUGAUGCGACUGGGGCAUAUGCCGGCUAUGCUUUGGACGGCUGUGGUGCUAUCGUUAUGCCGGUGAUGGGAUCAUUAGGCGAGGCGAACGCGAGUGACUACAAGCAGCUCAUCAACGACGGCUUCCUCUUGACAUGGGAUCCUGCACCUGCACGUAGUGAGAGGAGAGGGAAGAAGAUUAUGCUAAUAGGUACUACAUCAGCUGCUGCAUCCUUUCUCUGUGCAUGUCUUUAUGUGCUGAUAUGGCAUAGAAAAGGGAAAAGACUAUGGUUUCUCCUUUGCAAGAAGGCUAGCAGCAACACUGAGAAGAAUUACGAGGCCAUGAUAGUAUCAUAUGGAUCCCUAGCGCCAAAAAGAUACAUGUACUCAGAGGUAAUGAAGAUAACUUCUUAUCAUAACGAUCAGCUUGGUAAAGGUGGUUAUGGUGUGGUUUUCAAAGGAAGACUACACGAUGAUCGUCUAGUAGCUGUGAAAUGUUUGCAUGACUGCAAAGGAAAUGGGGACGAGUUUGUUAAUGAGGUUAUGAGCAUUGGCAGGACCUCUCAUGUUAAUGUUGUUAGCUUAUUUGGGUUCUGUUUGGAGGGAUCAAAACGAGCUCUUAUAUAUGAAUACAUGCCCAAUGGCUCGUUGGACAGGUACAUUUAUUCAGAGAACCCCAAAGAAAUUUUAGGAUGGGAGAGGCUCUAUACUAUAGCAAUCGGGAUUGCUCGUGGCCUCGAAUACUUGCACCAUAGUUGUAAUACACGCAUCAUCCACUUUGAUAUCAAGCCCCAAAAUAUCCUUCUAGAUAAAGAUUUUAGCCCAAAGAUUGCCGAUUUUGGUCUAGCUAAAUUGUGUCAUACAAUGGAGAGCAAGCUUUCAAUGACUGGUGCUAGAGGAACAAUUGGGUUCAUCGCUCCAGAAGUUCACUCUCGAACAUUCGGAGUGGUUUCAACAAAGUCAGAUGUUUAUAGUUAUGGAAUGAUGCUUUUGGAAAUGGUUGGAGGCAGGAGAAAUGUAAAAUCAAUUGUUGCAAAAUCCAGCGAAGAGUAUUUUCCAGACUGGAUUUACGACCACUUUGCGCAAGAUGAUGGAUUACAAGCAUGUGAAGUCAUAGGGGAAAUAGAGGAAAUCGCAAAAAAGAUGACCUUAAUUGGCUUGUGGUGCGUACAAAUACUGCCUGCAUAUCGCCCUACCAUAACCAAAGUUCUAGAAAUGUUCGAGAGAAGCUCAGAUGACAUGGAUAUGCCACCGAAGCAAAACUUUUCUGGAUUGCCUGAAAGUUCAGCUCACAAUAUGGAUGUACAAAGUUCAAGUUCUACCAGAUCUGAGGAGAUCAGCCUUGUGAAUUAAAAAAUCGUACAACAAUCGCCAACUCUUUGAGCAGAUAGGCCUUGUGAAUCAAAGAGCCUACAUUCAUUUCCACCACAGUGAGAAGGUGGCCUGUACUAGAGUACAUUCUGAAAUUGAACAAGCGCAGCUAAAUUCGGCAUUGUAGUAGAACAUAUUCCAUGUAUCCAUGACCUAGAGUCAAGAGCAUCCACAUGCCAGCAUCCUAAUUUAUAUACAACAGAAGGAAUAAAAUUAAUUUUGAUGAGUGUUGUGUUCAAACUGCUAAAAGGCAUUGGAGAAGGACAACCACCAAGGCCCUCUUGCCUUCUUUUUGAUAAGGAGGACUUCCCCCGGUCUCUUCAUCGGAAAGAUGCAUGUGGCCACUUUAUUGAAGCAAGUUCAACAAAAAAAAUAGUCUGGCAUGCAAAUUACAACUCACAAAAGGAGGAAAUAAAAAUAAAGCAACUCAAAGCCAUAACCGGC